ACGAAAAUUUUCCGUUCUUCCUCCACAUUUCUCUCUCUCGAUUCGAACCUUUGGGUUGCGGAUGCGAGCAGUGAGUGCUUGAGCGGUUUACGAAAAUGAACAAUCAAAGCCAAGGGUUCAUUCAAUGGCAAUGGCGUUGGCUGCUACAAUUUCUUCCCCAAAACGAAACUCUUCGCAGUUGUAACGUAGUAGCAGCUCUCUCUCUCUUUAAAAGCUACGCUGUCAUGGAAGCUGGCCAUCUAUAUUUGCCUCUCUUCUCUCUGAUUCUCCACCGCAGCUCUGUAUUCAUCUCCCCCAUUUUCUGUUUCUUCCGGGGGAGAGGUACAUUGCCGAGCCAGAAUGAAAUACCGCGGUCCUCGAAGGGUUUCUGCAAAAUGGAUUCCCUUCUUUUGCCUCUCCUUCUUCCUCUUUGGGAUGCUUCUCACUUCCAAUGGCAGGAUAUGGACGCCGAAGCAACAGGAUUCGUACGUUGUCUCCCGCCUACAACAUGAACAACAACAACUCCGAAGCGUUUCUGAAGACAUCGCUGCGAAUGAGGACAAGGCAGUAUUGUCGGAGGUUUACAAAACCCAGGAAGCAAUUCAAUCUCUAGACAGGAAAUUUUCUACGCUUAAGAUGGAACUGGCCGCGGCUCGGAAGGCUGCACCAUCUGCAAUCAAUGUGUCAUCAGAUAGAGACCAUUUCCCAAGGAAGAGGAUGUUCAUGGUAAUUGGAAUCAAYACGGCCUUUAGCAGUAGAAAGCGGCGUGAUACUAUAAGGGAGACAUGGAUGCCUCAAGGGAAAAAACUCUUGCAAUUGGAGCGCGAGAAGGGAAUUGUCAUAAGGUUCAUGAUUGGCCAUAGUGCAAAGUCCAACAGCAUCUUAGACCGUGCCAUUGAUUCAGAAGAUGCUCAGCACAAAGAUUUCCUUAGGCUGGAGCACAUUGAAGGGUAUCAUAAAUUGUCUGCAAAAACAAAGAUUUUCUUCACCACAGCUGUUGCAAAAUGGGAUGCUGACUUCUAUAUUAAAGUUGAUGAUGAUAUCCAUGUCAAUUUAGGUGUAUUAGCUACAACUCUUGCUCGUCAUCGUACUAAGCCGAGAGUGUACGUGGGAUGUAUGAAAUCUGGACCUGUUCUUUCUGACAGGAAUGAGAAAUACCAUGAACCAGAAUAUUGGAAAUUUGGGGAGGAUGGGAACAAGUAUUUCAGACACGCGACUGGGCAGAUUUAUGCAAUCUCAAAGGAUUUAGCCACUUACAUCUCAACCAACCGGCAAAUAUUGCACAAGUACGCCAAUGAGGAUGUAUCACUUGGUGCAUGGUUCAUCGGUCUCGAGGUUGAGCAUGUCGAUGACCACAAUAUGUGCUGUCCGACAUUACUAGAUUGCGAGUUGAAAGCACAAUCAGGGAAUGCUUGUAUUGCAUCAUUUGAUUGGAAGUGCAGUGGGAUCUGCGAGUCAGUGGAGAGAAUGAAAUACGUUCAUGAGAAGUGCGGGGAAAAGAACGACACUGUGUGGACUGCUUCCUUCUGAUCGACGACCUUGUAAAGUUUUGGUAGAUUUAUAUAUCUAUAGAGAGAAGAGAGAUGUUCUUCCGGCAUUCACAAGGGGCUUCAACAUCUGAAGAAAGAUUGCUGCUGCUGCUGCUUCAUCAGCUCCCGUGGAAGCCAUGUGAGAGAGAUGAGAGAAGAGUCAUGUUUUUACACUUUAUAACCAAUAGCUAAUAGUAAUCCCAAUACCAACAUUGUUCUUAA